AGGACACACUGAGUGUAAUCUUCAUCUGUAACCCCAUAGUGACAUGGACAAACUCAUUCAUCUCUUUUUACUUUCUGGUCUUGUUUGUAUUCCUGUUAGUUUAGCAGAGAAUUUAGCUUUCAGAGGAACAGCUACACAGUCAUCCACAUUUGACACCUGGCUAGCUCAACAUGCCAUAGAUGGUGUCAGAUAUGGACCAGACCCAUUUGGUAGUCCAUACUGCUCUGCUACAACAUAUGAAAGUGACCCAUGGUGGAGGCUAGAUCUCUUGGAUGAAUAUGAGAUUAAAACCAUCAUCAUCUCUGCUAGAUCAGACUGCUGUUUGGAUCAAACCAGUGGAGCAGAGAUUCGUAUUGGAAACUCACUGAUCAACAAUGGAAACAACAAUCCCAUAUGUGCUGUAACACCUGAUCCUCUAACUGAUAAUACUGUCAGUUACUCAUGUUAUGGGAUGGUGGGACGUUAUGUGAAUGUGAUCCUGGCUGGACAUACAAAUAAUCUGGAUCUCUGUGAGGUGGAGGUCUAUGAAACAGAGAAUUUAGCAUUCAAAGGAACAGCUACACAGUCAUCUACAUACGACACCUGGCUAGCUCAACAUGCCAUAGAUGGUGUCAGAUAUGGACCAGACCCAUUUGGUAGUCCAUACUGCUCUUCUACAGACUAUGAUAGUGACCCAUGGUGGAGGUUGGAUCUUCUGGAUUAUUAUAACAUUACUACAGUGAUCAUCAUUGCUAGAUCAGACUGCUGUUUCGUUCAUACCAUUGGAGCAGAGAUUCGUAUUGGAAACUCACUGGAAAACAAUGGCAACAACAAUCCCAUAUGUGCUGUAACACCUGAUCCUCUACCUGGUCACACCACCAGUUUCUCAUGUCAUGGGAUGGAGGGACGUUAUGUGAAUGUGAUCAUGUCUGGACAUACGAAUUAUCUCAAUCUCUGUGAAGUGGAGGUCUAUGGAAAACACCCCAUGAGAAAAACCUUUCUGAGGCUGAAAUUGUCCUCCAGUGGUGAUGUGUUAGCUGAGAGUGACAAAAUCCUCCAUCAGCCAGAUGACCCCACCAUCUCUGCCCGUGUCUCUGCCUGCCUUCUGGACAUCUCUUCUUGGAUGAAAGAGCAUCACCUACAACUCAACCUCUCCAAGACAGAACUCCUGGUUAUACCGGCCCAGCCUUCAGUUGAACCCCACCUUACUGUUCAGCUCGGAUCCUCAACUAUAACACCCACCAAGUCUGCGAGGAACCUGGGGGUGAUGUUCGACGACCAGCUGAAAUUCACCUCCCACAUCGCAUCAACCUCUCGAACUUGCAGGUAUGUGCUCUACAACAUCAGGAAAAUCAGGCCGUUCCUGUCGGAGCAUGUCUCUCUGCUGCUUGUCCAAGCUCUGGUCAUAUCAAGACUGGACUACUGCAAUUCUCUACUGGCCGGCCUUCCAACCAAUGCAGUCAAGCCCUUGCAAAUGCUGCAGUCUGCUCUGGCAUCACACAUCUCUGAUUUUAAUCUGUCCUGGACACAACUACCCAAGAAAGAAGAGCAACAGGAGGAGGACGGAGGCGAGUACACGCACUUUAAAACUUGA